UGAAUUACUUUGCUCGAUCCCAUAGAGUUGAGUUCAUUCAUACUAAACAAUGUACAUCUGAACGAUUGGAUUCCACAGCGCAGACGCCGUUUGUUUGCUCAAUCGUAGAAUUACAUGUUGCAUUAAUGCUCCUUUAUUUGCAUAAACCUGGGGAAAUGUAGCUUUCAAUUGCAGUUAUCAUUGUACAAAAGACCUUCUUGGAAAAUAUGUACCAAAUGUAGAUCUCCUUGGAUACUCAUACAAAACAAAAUGCUUAUUCAGAAUUGUGACGGUAAGGAACUACAAGUGAAAUUUUCUUGACGUGCGGAGACAAAUUAUUUUAAGUAGUUUCAAUAUGAAAAUUCCAAUGGUUUACUGGCCGCUGGAAUAUACUUUAAGAAUUAAUGGUCUAUGGCCUGGGGAAAAUAACAUUUUAGGAUCAAUUGUCACAGCAUCUGGUAUGGUUCUCAUAUUACCUUUUCAAGUCUGGGAUGCUAUAAAAACAAUAGACAAUCCUAUACUACUAAUGGAUAGUUUAAGUGAUAUUAUGACUGAAAUUGCUUUGUACGCCAAACUUAUCAUAAUGUGGUUUAACAGACGAUAUGUUGUUGAUGUUUUAAAAGAAAUAUCGAAUGAUUGCAAUCAAAAUGAUGUUUCUCAGAACUGGACAUUACUAAAUUAUAAUGCUAGACGUUUUUGCAAAUACGAUUAUAGUUGGUAUAUUAGUGCAACUUUGCUGUAUUAUAUUCAACUCGUAACAAUGUAUAUAGAAGUUCCGGUAGAUGGUAGAGAAAUGCUACUAAAAUCAUACUACCCAUUCGAUUACAAAAGUUCUCCAACUUAUGAAAUCAUGUUGUUUCUUCAAAUUAUUUUAGCAAUGUCUAUGGCCAUUGCAAAUGCAAUGACUGAAAGUUUGUUUAUUGUAUUGAUUUUGCAUGCCUGCAGCUACGUAGAUCUACUGCUAGAUGAAAUAAAAAUAUUUUCUGACAACUGUAAUAAAAAAGUUUUAAAUAUUACAGACUCCAAUAAUAUGCGUUUUUAUGUACACGUUAUCUUGAAAAGACAUAUUCAGCUUUUAGAAUCAGUUAAAAAAAUUGAAAAUAUUUACUCUAAUGUCUCGCUAGUACAAAUGUUUUUCAGUGUUAUAACCAUCUGUGUUACAGGAUUUGUCAUGAUAACGGCUCUAGAAUCAAAAGACAUAGUACUUUUGAUUAAGUUCGCGACAUUUAUUUGGUUUUUGUUAUGGCAGAUAUUUUCAUUUUGUUUCGCUGGUCAGUACCUUCUUAAUAAGGGCGAGACUAUCACUGGGGCAAUGUAUGAUUCUGACUGGUACAACAUCGAAUCAAAUGAUGUAAAAGCUAUUUCGUUUAUAAUAAAAAAAACUCAACGUCCAUUGUCAGUGACUGCAGGAAAAUAUAUACCUCUAUCAGUAACCAGUUUUGCAGCGAUAGUCAAAACAUCUUUUUCAUAUUUAUCUGUACUUCGUGCUAGUUAUGUAGAAUAGAGUACAAUAAAAUGUACGCAUAUUGAUUUCGUACAAAUUUGACAAGGUUGUAUAAACUAUAUUGUUUUGUUAUAUAUAAAUUAAAAAACUUGU